GAAAGAUGGCGUUAAAUUCUCUAGGGAGAUUACUUGUGCUAUUAGCCGCUGCAUAUAGUGGCGCAGAAGCUAAUAAUCUCUUUAGAUCCCCUAGGCAAGCUCCGGGAAGUAUAUUUACUGUGGGUAACGGUGAACAAUGUCUGGGCUCCGACAGAUCAACCGGCGGUGUUUGCUUGUCUAGAAAUCAAUGUAACACUCAGGGAGGAAAAGCCAUUGGAUUUUGCGGUGUUUUCGCGACAUGCUGUUCUUUGAACGCCUGUGAUGUCCGUACAAACACAAAAGUGGCAAUUUUCAUCAAUCCCCCGCUAAAUAGAGAGUCUUCCGGUUUGGAGUGCUCAUACAAUGUGGAGAUUAACAAUAAUAACGUGUGUCAAAUGAGAAUCGACUUCGAGACUUUCAACCUUGCGCCUCCUACUACAGUUGAACCGGUAGAAAAUGUGACCCAGAGACCAGGCUUCACCUGCAGGAAUGAUAUCUUCCAAGUGACCAACCUUCAGGCCAACUCCGACUUCUUGCCGCCAUUGUGUGGCGACAACAACGGUCAACAUUUGUACGUGCGCGUGAACGCCUCCACCAACAGCCGGUCCAUCCGCAUCAACUUCAAGAUCGCGGACCGCAACACGCAGCCCAACCUGCCGCAAGCAACCUGGAAGAUCAAGGUCACACAGCUCGAGUGCUUCAACACGCUGGGCAAAUAUCGCGACGGUCUCUUCGAAGCCAUCACGUCAUCUCUCCCUUCCACGCCGCUCAGCUCGUCAGCCGACAGGGACGAAUACCUUAUUGCGCCGCCCGGCUGCCUGCAGUACUACCCGGACAGAUCCGGGUCGUUCGAGUCGUUCAACUACAACCGCGGUGCUGGCCCCUACAUCGCCAACCUCGCCUACUCAACCUGCUUCAAGCGCACACCUGACGUGUGUGGUGUCAAACUAACAUCAGCAAGCUUCGAGAUGGCGUACCGCGACGAGCAGAACCUGUACCUAGACACGGACUGUCAGGUGAACCCUGUCACCCAGGGCGCGCCUCAGAGCGAGGACUACCUCUUCAUUCCCGAGGCUGAAACAGCUGAUGGACUGCGAGGAACUAAGUUCUGCGGCUCUAGCGCUUCGAAUCAGAUUAUUGCUUCGACACCCCCUGGGCCGCUGAGCGUGCAUUUCCGCAGUGACAACCUGGUGACAGACGAUAUCCCUGAGUCCGGCUACAGAUUCAACUACAACGUCCUUAACAACUGCUAUCUUAAGACGUAA